GGGAGGGACCGGAUCCCGUCACCUGCCUCCAGGGCCGCGCUGGUCACGUGACUGGGGCUCGAGUCAGCUGACGCGGGAGGGUUUGAAGCUACACCGCGAGGGAGCGAGGCCGCAGUGACAGCAGCGGGUGUUUAGACGCCGGUUGCACCGCCGCGCCCGCCGGCGUUCGGCGCUCCCCUCCCCGGCAUGGCGGUGCCCGUAGGCCCGCGCGGCUCAGAGACUGAGCGCCUCCUGACACCCAAACCUGGGUAUGGGACCCAGGUGGCGCCUUCCCCAGCCCCUUCCACCCCUCCAGAAGAGGAGGAUCUCCGCCGUCGUCUCAAGUAUUUCUUCAUGAGCCCCUGUGAUAAAUUUCGGGCCAAGGGCCGCAAGCCCUUUAAGCUCAUGCUGCAGGUGGUGAAGAUCCUGGUGGUCACAGUGCAGCUCAUCCUGUUUGGGCUCAGCAACCAGCUGGUGGUGACAUUCCGGGAGGAGAACACCAUCGCCUUCCGGCACCUCUUCCUGCUGGGCUACUCGGACGGGGCGGACGACACGUUUGCGGCCUACACCCAGGAGCAGCUGUACCAGGCCAUCUUCCACGCCGUGGACCGGUACCUGAUGCUCCCCGACGUGUCCCUGGGUCGGUAUGCUUACGUGCGGGGCGGGGGCGGGCCCUGGGCCAAUGGCUCGGCCCUGGCCCUCUGCCAGUGCUACUACCACCGGGGCCACGUGGACCCAGCCAAUGACACCUUUGACAUCGACCCCAUGGUCAUCACUGACUGUAUCCGGGUGGACCCUCCCGAGAGACCCCCCGUGCCCCCCAGUGAUGAGCUCUCCCUCUUGGAUGGCAGCACCAGUUACAAGAACCUCACGCUCAAAUUCCACAAGCUGAUCAACGUCACCAUCCACUUCCAGCUGAAGACCAUCAACCUCCAGAGCCUGAUCAACAAUGAAAUCCCAGACUGCUACACCUUCAGCAUCCUGAUCACAUUUGACAAUAAGGCACACAGUGGGCGUAUCCCCAUCAGCCUGGAGACCCAGGCCCACAUCCAGGAGUGUAAGCACCCCAGCGUCUUCGGCCACGGAGACAACAGCUUCCGGCUCCUCUUUGACGUGGUCGUGAUCCUGACUUGUGCCUUCUCCUUCCUGCUGUGUGCCCGCUCGCUGCUGCGAGGCUUCCUGCUGCAGAGCGAGUUUGUCAGGUUCAUGUGGCGGCAGCGGGGACAGGUCAUCAGCCUGUGGGAGCGGCUGGAAUUUGUCAACGGCUGGUACAUCCUGCUGGUCACCAGUGACGUGCUCACCAUCUCAGGCACCAUCAUGAAGAUUGGCAUCGAAGCCAAGAACCUGGCAAGCUAUGACGUCUGCAGCAUCCUCCUGGGCACCUCGACGCUGCUCGUCUGGGUCGGUGUCAUCCGCUACCUGACCUUCUUCCACAAGUACAACAUCCUUAUUGCCACGCUGCGGGUGGCCCUGCCCAGCGUCAUGCGCUUCUGUUGCUGUGUGGCCGUCAUCUACCUGGGCUAUUGCUUCUGCGGCUGGAUUGUGUUGGGACCCUACCAUGUGAAGUUCCGCUCGCUGUCCAUGGUGUCGGAGUGCCUUUUCUCGCUCAUCAACGGGGAUGACAUGUUCGUGACGUUCGCGGCGAUGCAGGCGCAGCAGGGCCGCAGCAGCCUGGUCUGGCUGUUCUCCCAGCUCUACCUGUACUCCUUCAUCAGCCUGUUCAUCUACAUGGUGCUCAGCCUCUUCAUCGCGCUCAUCACCGGCGCCUACGACACCAUCAAGGAAGUUCUGGAUCGAUGAGACAGGAGCCCAAGAGAGAGCACCAGGGAGAAGGAACAGCCAAAGCAAAGACCUAGAGCCAGAAAGGACUUGGAGAGGAGAUAUUGGCCCUGUGAGGUUGGGAGAGAUGAAGACAAGGCUAAAAGCCAGAACAUUCACUGCUGCUGGGAAUGCAGAUGUUUGCACCCCGCCUGCUCGCCGCCCCCACAAGUGGGUGGUUGUCAAGCACCCAGAUUGGGUCAGGCACGGCUCGAGGCGCUGGAGCCACAGCGGAGGGCACCAACUGACCAAGAUUCAGGGUGUGCACACAUUCAGUGGUCAGGGAAUGUCUCCGGGUGAAGCAAACCACGAGGAACAGCAGGUGGAGGGCACAGCACGGUGCAGAGGCCCAGAGGUGGGAGCCUGGUUGGUCCACAAGGACCGCAUCCGGGCGGGGCGGGCGGAGAGGAGAGCGAGCUCCAGGCCUACAUCGCGCAGUGCCAAGACAGCCCCACCUCCGGCAAAUUCCGCCGUGGGAGCGGCUCCGCCUGCAGCCUCCUCUGCUGCUGCGGCAGG